GGCACUUCAUCCCCGUCCCCAGCCUCAUUCAUACAAUACUAAUACUAUAUUACAAACCAACAACCAAUCAGUCUCUAUUAGGUUUUUCCUUGUUUUUACCAGACCACUUCCUUCGUACGUACCGUCUCUCUCUCACACCAUUCUCUCUCUACAAUUUUUUGAUUAUCAAUUUUCAUAUUGGGGACCUUGACACGCCCAAACCCCUUUUUCUCAUACAAAAAAAUCUGGUCAGUCACAACAUCCCAUAUAUAUCACACACUUACUAGGGCAUAUAUAGUGAGAGAAAUUAAAAAAAUUAGAGACACCCACAUCCCACAAUUUCACCUCCAUACCAACAACAAUGGGAAAAAGUUGAUCUUCAGGGCUAGCUGAUCAUUUUACAGUAGCUUGGUUGGUUAACUUGAUGUUUUAUGUGAUGAAUUGGUCGAUGUUAAAUUUACUGCAGUCUUUAUGGAAGGAAUUUGGCAGCUUUAGCUUUCCUUGAACAGCGGAGGUGAGUGAUAAUACAAACAGUAUAUGGCAUUACAGAUUUUAGCGCACGACUAUGGAAGUGCUUCCUUGUUCUGGCAUAUAUUAUGUUGGGGAAUCUGAUUGUCCUCAACAGGAUUCAGGAACAACUUUCAUGUAUGACGGAGAAUCAAACUGCCUUGAACAUGGAGAACAGGUUCAAGUGGCUGAUGUUAAAGUGAAUGACUUAGUGCUAAAUGUUGAAGGGCCUCAGGAAGAGAGACAAGGGGAAGCUCAAUGGACUGUUGAUGAAUUGCCAAGUUCUGAAGGCCAUUAUAAUGGAGCUUCAUAUUUUGAAUUUGAGGCUGAGGGCCACAAAUUUUCUUGUGAUUCUCAUGAUUCUGAGGAUGAGAACUUGAAUGGACAGGAUUUUUGCACAGAACCUUGCCUGGCCUCUGAGACCUGUGAUUUAAUAGUGGAUACCAUUGAUAGUGGAGUUCCAAGUAUCAAGGAGGGAGAAUCUUCUCUUUCAGAACCCAAGUGGUUGGAAAAUGAUGAACCUUUGGCUGUUUGGGUCAAGUGGAGAGGGAAGUGGCAAGCAGGAAUCAGAUGUGCCAGGGUAGACUGGCCAUUGUCAACAGUGAAAGCAAAACCAACUCAUGACAGGAAAAAGUAUCUUGUGAUAUUUUUUCCACGCACAAGAAAUUACUCUUGGGCAGAUGUGCUACUUGUCCGUCCAAUUAAUGAAUUUCCGGAGCCCAUUGCAUAUAAGACCCACAAAGUUGGAGUGAAACUGGUGAAAGAUUUGACUCUUGCCCACCGGUUUAUCAUGCAAAAGCUGGCUGUUGGCAUGCUAAAUAUUAUUGACCAGUUACAUACCAAGGCUCUGGUAGAGACUGCUCGCAGUGUGAUGGUUUGGGAGGAAUUCGCAAUGGAGGCUUCCCAGUGCAAGUGUUAUUCUGAUCUUGGAAGGAUGCUUCUGAAACUUCAGAGUGUAACUCCCUCUCUAUUGCUAAAUGAUAGAAAACUGAUACUGCAGUGCUGUUUAAAUUCUGACUGGCUUCAACAUUCUUUCCAUUCUUGGGUACAACAAUGUCAAAAUGCAAAUAGUGCUGAGUCUGUUGAAAUGCUGAGGGAGGAAUUGUUUGAUUCUAUUAUGUGGGAUGAAGUCAGCUUACUCUUAGAUGUAGCAGUGCAGCCCGAGCUGGUUUCUGAAAUGAAGAACUGGAAACAUGAAGUUAUGAAAUGGUUUUCAACAUCGCAUCCACUACCUAGUGGUGGAGACAUGGAGCAGCGGACUAAGGAUAGUCCUUUGACUGCGGGACUUCAACUUAGCAGGAAGAGACCUAAGCUUGAAGUUCGUCGUGCUGAGUCACAUACCUCCCAGGUUGACACCCAUGGUUCACAACAGGCUAUAUCUGUUGAGAUUGAUGCCGGAUUUUUCGAUGGUCGAAGUAUUGGAAAUACCCAUACACUAGAAUCCGAGCCUCCUAGUGAGGAUUUGGAGGGCACUGCAAUUAAAGACUCUGCUGGUAGUUUGGCUGAUAGAUGGGGUGAGAUUGUAGUUGAAGCUGGAAAUUCUGAAGUUAUUCAUACUAAAGAUGUGGAUAUGACACCUGUGAAUGGAGGGGUGGAUAGGAAAUCCUUGGACCCUGGUGUUAAGAAUCGGCAGUGCAUAGCUUUCAUUGAAGCUAAGGGAAGGCAAUGUGUACGGUGGGCAAAUGAUGGUGAUGUUUACUGUUGUGUGCAUUUGGCGUCUCGUUUCGUUGGCAAUGCUGCAAAAGCAGUGGCAACUUCCCCAGUUGAUUCACCAAUGUGUGAAGGUACCACUACUCUUGGUACUAAAUGCAAGCAUCGUUCUCUAUAUGGUUCUACUUUCUGCAAGAAACAUAGACCCCAUGAUGAUAUGAAUAUAGCCUCGAGUUUGCCCGAUAAGCUUAAGAGAAAGCAUGAGGAGAUUGUAAACAGAUUAGGGAUGACAAAUUGUAGAGACAUUGUAUUGGUGGAAGAAGUUGAAACACCCCUCCAAGUGGAUCCAAUCUCAGUUUUGGGUGGAGAAGCCUCCAAUGAAAGGAGGUUAAUUGAGAUGCCUGGGCAUUCCAGGAACGAAUAUGACAGCACUGAGGUGCUGCACUGCAUAGGCUCGUUUCCCUUGGAUGGCAGUCAUCCUUGUCUGGAAAGUCCAAAGAAGCAUUCCCUGUAUUGUGAAAAACACUUACCAAGCUGGCUUAAACGUGCAAGGAAUGGGAAGAGCAGGAUAAUUACAAAAGAAGUGUUUAUAGAUCUUUUGAAGGAUUGCCACUCUCGGGAGCAAAAAUUGCAUUUACAUCAAGCGUGUGAGCUGUUCUACAGACUCUUCAAAAGUAUCCUAUCUCUGAGAAACCCAGUUCCUAAGGAAAUCCAACUUCAGUGGGCCAUUUCUGAAGCUUCUAAAGAUGUUAGUGUUGGGGAAUUUUUGAUGAAGUUGGUUUGCAGUGAAAUAGAGAGACUGAGGAGACUCUGGGGCUUUAAUGCUGACCAAGAUACACAAGUUUCCUCUUAUGUCAAAGAAGCAGUUCUGGUUCCGGUGGCUACUGAUAGUGAACAUGACAUACAAAAUACCAUCAAGUGCAAAAUUUGCUCUGAAAAGCUUUUGAAUGACCAAACGCUUGGCACGCACUGGAUGGACAAUCAUAAAAAAGAAGCACAAUGGCUGUUUAGAGGUUAUGCUUGUGCCAUCUGCCUUGAUUCUUUUACUAACAAGAAGGUUCUUGAAACACAUGUGCAGGAUAGGCAUCAUGUGGAAUUUGUUGAACAAUGCAUGCUUUUCCAGUGUAUUCCUUGUAGUGGCCAUUUUGGGAAUCCUGAGCAGUUAUGGUUGCAUGUGCUCUCUGUUCAUCCUGCUAAUUUCAGGCUGUCAGAUGUUGCUGAACAGCAUAACCUCUCUGCGGGUGAAGAUUCUGUGCAGAAACUUGAGCUGGGUAAUUCAAUAUCUGUAGAUAAUAAGAACUCAGGGAGUCAAGGUGGUUUUCGAAAGUUUGUUUGUAGGUUUUGUGGGUUGAAGUUUGAUUUGCUACCUGACCUAGGCCGUCACCAUCAAGCUGCUCAUAUGGGGCCAAAUUCUGUUAGCCAUCGCCCCUCAAAGAGGGGUAUCCGUUUUUAUGCUUAUAGAUUAAAAUCAGGGAGACUAACCCGUCCUAGAUUUAGAAAAGGUCUAGGAUCAGCGUCAUAUCGUAUUAGGAACAGGGGCAGUGCAAGUAUGAAGAAACACAUCCAGGCAUCAAAUGCAGUUAGCACUGGGGAAAUGAAACUGCAAUCUCAUGUAACUGAGGCAGGAAGUCUUGGUAGAUUGGCAGAAUCUCAAUGCUCAGUUGUCGCAAAUAUAUUGUUUUCUGAGAUUCAGAAAACAAAACCACGCCCAAGUAACCUUGAAAUUUUAUCUAUUGCUCGCUCUGCAUGCUGCAAAGUAUGCCUCCAAGCCUCAUUGGAGGAGAAAUAUGGACUAUUGCCUGAACGUGUGUACCUGAAGGCAGCCAAACUUUGUAGUGAGCAUAAUAUUCUUGUGGAGUGGCAUAAAGAGGGUUUUAUUUGUCCUAAAGGAUGCAAACCAGUGACAAACUCACAUCUGGCGUCUUCCUUGAUGCCUCUCUCUGAGAAUGUAGCAGGACUGAGAUCUGCACUUCCAGAAGAUCCUAUGAACAAUGAGUGGGAGAUGGAUGAGUGCCACUGUGUUAUUGAUUCCCGGCAUUUUAAACGGAGUUCCAUGCUGAAAACCUUCAUCUUGUGUGAUGACAUAAGCUUUGGACAGGAAUCAGUUCCAAUAAUCUGUGUAGUGGAUGAAAAUCUUUUGGAUUCCCUUCGCACCGCUCGAGAUAGUUCUGAUGGACAAAUAACUGCAUACUCUAUGCCUUGGGAGAGCUUUACUUAUGUCAGGAAACCAUUGCUUGAUCCAUCCCUUUCUCUUGAAGCAGAGAGUUUGCAGUUGGGGUGUGCUUGCAUGCAUUCAACAUGCUCUACUGCAACCUGUGAUCAUGUGUACCUUUUUGAUAAUGACUAUGAAGAUGCAAAGGAUAUACAUGGCAAGCCCAUGCAUGGCAGAUUCCCGUAUGAUGAGAAAGGUCGGAUAAUUUUGGAGGAGGGUUACUUGGUCUAUGAGUGCAAUCACACAUGCAGCUGCAGUAGAUCCUGUCAGAAUAGGGUUUUGCAGAAUGGUGUACAAGUUAGAUUAGAAGUCUUCAAAACUGAGAAAAAGGGUUGGGCAGUCAGGGCAGGAGAAGCAAUUCUGCAUGGUACAUUUGUAUGUGAGUACAUUGGGGAGGUUAUAGAUGAGCAGGAAGCAAACAAGAGGCGCAAUAGUUAUGGAGGAGACGGUUGGGGAUAUUUCUAUGACAUUGAUGCACACAUUAAUGACAUGAGCAGAUUGAUUGAAGGGCAGGUCCCAUAUGUGAUUGACGUCAUGAAUUAUGGAAAUGUUUCACGGUAUAUCAACCACAGCUGCUCACCGAAUCUUGUGAAUCACCAAGUUCUUGUGGAAAGCAUGGAUAGUCAGCUUGCGCACAUUGGUCUCUAUGCAAGUCGAGAUAUAGAUGCGGGUGAAGAACUAACAUAUGAUUACCGAUACAAGCUAUUGCUUGGAGAAGGAUGUCCGUGCCACUGUGGAGCUCCCAAUUGCAGGGGCCGGCUUCAUUGAAUCUUUAAUGAAUUUUAUGUCCUGGUGGUCUUUCAAAAAUAAAUAGACGAUGGCAAUGGGAGAUUCCGAGAUGAGACUAAAAAGGUCUGAAAGGAACAAUGUGAUGUCUCAUAUCUCUUGCUCUUCAAGUAGUACAAUUUGUGAUGAGGCAGCAUGGUUCAUAAGCGGUAACACCUCUUAGGCUUCAGACAUGCUGUAAGUGUGUCUUUUCUUUUGAUUAGAGUGUGCCCGUGUUCUUUAGUUUGUACAUCAUACUUCCAAGAGAACAAAUUUAAGCCUUUUCGUUAAUUUUAUACUUGUUGGAGUUGAAUCUGAUCGAGUUUUCUGAAAUUGUAGAUGGGUCUAUGCCACAUAUUUCUUAGGUAGUAUUGUAAUGGAGGUUUUAAAUUUCCAAUGUUCAAGAUAGUCUUAAUUUAUAGCGCUAGAAGCUUUUUUCACCCAUUAUUUUUGGUUCUACCAUUUAUCAGCAACCAUUAUGAUGCUUGAUUCCCUCGUGUUAUUGGGAUACUUGUGUAUUGUUUGAGAAUUUUAAUUUAAUUUUUGAUUUCUAUUGAUCGCAAA